AACAAGAGAGCAACCAUUGUAAGAAACGGAGCAGAGUGUGUAGGGUGAAGAGUGAAGAAAGGAAUAGUGACAUGAAGCUAUCCACGAGACCCAUUUCGAGUCCGGGUCGAACCGACAAGUUCCCACCACCAUUGAUGAGAUUCCUCAGAAACAAUGCAGGGAGCAGAAGCAGAGGAAGGUCAAGGUCCACCACCAUGUUCCUUCGCAAAAAGAACACCGCCAUUGAAACCCAAGAACCCUCUUCCCCCAAAGUCACUUGCAUGGGCCAAGUUCGAGUUAAACGCUCUUCCAAACACUCCUCCGUCAGAAAAGGACGCUCCGUCGCCGGCGCAGACGCCGGAGCUCCCACCAAACGCCGUUGUUGCAAGUGGGUCCCAAAUGCUCUGUUUUUUCACCGUUUAAUAAAACCCGGUUCUUGCUUUCACUGGCAGUGCCAACCCGUUUGGCCCAAUUGGGGGUUCUUAAGAAGGAAAAAAAAGGUUUCAAAAUUCACUGAAGCUUCACCGAAAACAGAGUUGAAUUUCAGGGGAAGCUCUUACGAUGAGUCAGGGGAAGAAGAAUCAGAACAUGAAGAAAGAGUUAUAAACAGUGCUUUUGUUUCUAACUCUUGUUCUACGCCACCGAGGAACGCUUUGUUAUUGACGAGGUGCAGAUCCGCACCGUACAGUUCUUCGUCUCUGGCGAGUAGGUUUUGGAGUGAAGAAACAGGGGUUGAAAGCAGAGAAGCAUCUGAGAACGAGAGACCCAGUUCGCAGAAAAGCCCGAAGUUGGAGCUGAAGUUGCGGUUUUUCAAAGAGCUCGAGGAUUCAUUGAGGGAAAGAAUAAUGGAAUCGGAAAAGGUUCUGAAGAGAAGGGAAGAAGCAGGGGAAGACACUGUUCGUCCUCUUGUGCUCACGAGGUGCAAAUCUGAACCGGCGAGAAUCGCAAAGAAACUUGAUCCUGAGGUGAAUAAUUUUUGGAAGAAGACAAGGUUGGGUUUUGCUGAUGCUUGGUUUCCACAUGGUUUGUGAUUAUUCUAAUCUUAUCUCAGUUACUUGUUCUGUUAAAAAUUUUCUUUCUUUCUAUUUUUAGUUUAUCACCUUAUUUUGAU